CUGGGAAUAAAUUAAGAUGUUUAUUGUAAAACUCGCAAAUAUCUUUUUCAAAUACUCAUUUAUAAAUCCCAACAAGGACUCAACGAGCUUUGGCAUUACAUAAGAUGAAAUUUUCUAUAACUAAAUCCCGAAAACAAACUUUAAAUAGAAAAAAAUUAUUAAAAAUUGUAAGGAAAUGAUUCUGAGUAAGCCGCUAUGUUAUAACGGUUUCACAACAAAACUGGCCAAUCAAACAAGAAGCUUGCUAAGCAAUCAGCCAAUCAGCGCAGUACCGCUGUUAUUCGAACUUAGCACCAGAAUGAGAUUCAUAUCAUAAAUGCCUUGACACCAAUCCGACUUAUACUCGAUUAUCCUCAUCUAUUUUUAUCACUGUCUUUGCGCUCUCAGCUGAGAUUCUUUAUAUAUAUAUUUUUUUAAUUCAUUCGCUUAUUAUAUUGGCAAUAUUCUUUUUUUACAUUGCCAUACCAUCGAAGUAAAUUUUGUUAAAACAUAUAUCUACAUAUAUAUACCAUGGCUACAACACGGUCUAACACUAUGCGCAUACGAGCCUUGAAUCGUGAAAACCCUGCCAUCUCGAAAUCAAAUAUAGAUGCAUACCCAGUGUCUAGAUCUGCCCUCAACGAAAUUGGUAACAAGGUUUCAUGUAUAACCCUUGAGAAUAUUAAACGAAAAGAAAUAACUAAGAAAGGAUCCCUUCGACAGAGAACAGCCGUACCGAAAACGACAGUAGUAAAACAGGAACUAAUUCAGCCUCCUCCAAAUACUGAAAAUGAAUCGAAAUCACAAUCAAGUCCAAUGGAAGUGUGUGAAUCUGAGCCUCGAAUUGUUAUGGCUAAUGUUAUUGACAUUGAUGCUGACGAUCAUGAAAAUCCACAACUCGUUUCAGAAUAUGUUAAUGACAUUUACACUUACUUGCGUGAACUUGAGAAAACCUAUUCAGUGAGAAAAAAUUACCUUCAAGGUCAGGAAAUAACUGGUAAAAUGAGGGCCAUUCUUAUAGAUUGGCUCUGUCAGGUUCAUCACCGCUUUAGACUUUUACAAGAAACACUUUACUUAACAGUAUCUGUAUUGGAUCGAUUUUUGCAGAUUAAUCCAGUUACUCGCAGCAAGCUACAGCUGGUUGGUGUUACAUCAAUGCUGAUAGCUUCAAAGUAUGAAGAAAUGUACGCUCCAGAAGUGUCUGAUUUUGUCUACAUCACAGACAAUGCAUAUACGCGAGCAGAUAUUCGACAAAUGGAGAUGCAUAUCUUGAAGACAUUAGACUUUAAACUUGGCAAGCCAUUGUGCUUGCAUUUUCUGAGAAGAAAUUCCAAAGCAGGACAGGUUGAUGCAAACACUCAUACAUUGGCCAAAUAUUUGAUGGAGUUGACAAUUGUAGAAUACGAUAUGGUGAACAUUCACCCUUCACACUUAGCUGCUGCUGCGUUAUGUCUUUCAUUACAUCUCAUCUCUAACACAGAAUGGAACGAUACCCUAGCUUACUACAGCACGUACACUAAAUCUGACCUUGCUGAUAUAAUACGCAAACUUGCAAAACUAGUCUUGAAAGCAGAAACCAGUAAACUAACUGCUAUCCGGACAAAAUUCCAAGGCUCCAAAUUCUUUAAGAUCAGUACCAUUCCAGAAUUAAAAGGUGAUGCCAUCAGAAAAGUUGCUGAAAAUUGACGUCACUGUUUUUGACUCUUAAACAUGACAUUUUUGACUGAAUUUAUAGUCAAUACCGAUUUACAUUUUUAUACAUUAUGAAAGAAAAAAAUCUAUUUCCAUUUGAGGAGUCUUUAUAAUGUAAUCCUCAUAAGUGCAAAUAGGUUAGCAGGUGUCCCUAGCCCUGCGUUGUGAAUGUGAUGAUAUUGAGGUACCUGUGCAGGUGUGUAGUUUUUGCCUAUGUUUAAGAAGUAUUUGAGGUUGUUUCUCUCCCUAUGUGAGAUAAGUGAUGUUUUGGUGGAAUUUUUGUUAAAAUGAAAAUUGACGCCACAACUAAAUGUUUUAAUUCUCUGGAAAAAUUGUAUGGCUGCAGGGAUUUUCAGGGAACUUUUGAAGAGUUUUCGUCUGUUGCUCCCUUUUACUUUUUUAAUAUAUAUAUAUAUAUAUAUGUAUAAUCUAGCUUUAAAUUGAUGGUGGACUUAAAUAGCUUAAGUUACUAGAAAGCAUUGAAUUUACUGCAGCUUAGAUGUGUAUAGCGAGUGAACGAAUGUGAACAGCUGUAACAGCAAUUGUAAGAUUGAGUGCACUACCUGCUGCUAAUUUAAUUUCAGUGUAAAUAUAAUAAACUGUAUAUAUGUCACAAUGCUUAAAUGAUUUUAUCUACUGUGCUAAGUACACAAAUGUAAUUUUGUAAUGAACUAAACACAUUGUUGAUUAAACCAACAUGAACUAUAAACAUUUAA